AACUAAUGUUACGAUGAGUGAUGAGCUGACGACCGGAUCCGAUGUCUUCAAGCGGUGUGUAAUCAUCCAAAAGGAUGAAAGAGGUUAUGGCCUUCGGGUUAGCGGAGAGUCGCCGGUGUUUGUCGAGAGUGUCAAAGAAGGAGGUGCCGCGUGGCGGGCGGGCGUCCGUCCAGGAGACGAGAUUAUCAAAGUGUCUGGCACUUUGGUAACCCGUAUGAAUCACGGCGAAGUGGUCCGUAUGAUACAGAGCUGCGGCUCUUACGUUGGUCUUACUUUGCUGUCGCUGAAGAACCCGCCGCCAUCCACAACAAACAAUAUGCAAGCGAAACCUAUUCAGAUUACAGGCCCGCAACCGGCCUCCGAAAGUACGCAACAGGCGUACGACGACAGGAAAAUGGAUAUCUUUCGUGAUAUGAUUAAUAAACAACGAGAAUAUUUGGAAGAAAUGAUAGCCAAAAGAAACCAAACGGAAAUCGAUAAGACAUUGAAGACUAUCAAACAUUUGGAAAAAGAGAUCGAAAAGAUGACAUUAGACGCCCAACGACAUCGACACACAUCGAUGAGUGCCGAAAACUUGACCACCGGUAGCACCAGUGACCCGACAAUAGUCUCUGCUGCUAACGGUAAUGCCAAGAAAUCGCACUCAUUUGGUCAGUACGAUACACGGGCGCCGAUUAUGACGAUGGAGUCCGACGAAGACAACGAUGACUAUACCAAUAAUAAUAAUAAAAACAACAGCUUUAAUGUUGUCAUUAAUAACUCGAAUAACAGAAGAAAUAGUAAUUUGUUGAUUAACCAGAAAAGCAAAUAUCCGGAUAUCAACGAAAUCCCUAAAACUGUGGACCAACUCCACGGUUACAGUCUUCAGAUGACACGUUUUCUGUUGACACAAGACCUUAAACCCCAUGCAUUACUCUUUCAUACCAUUGCUGGACACGUAUUUCCAUUGUUGGUCGCACAGAUGGGUCCCUACAAUCAGAAGGCCAUCCAACGACUUGCCUGGCAGAUCGCGUCCACGUGGCUGAUGCACGAAUCGCCGCUCACAUUCGCCGAUUUUCCGCCCGAAUUGAUCGACCGUUUCGGUUUGACAUUAGAGUCAUCGCAACAAUCUUUGGACACACUGUUUGAGCCAUUUUUCGGUGUUACACGUGAUAUCCUUAAGGAACAGUUAGAGUCAUGGCGUCAUACCAUCAACUUGGGUCUGGCGCCGCCUACGAUGCCGACGGCCAAAGAAGAGCUUCACGCCAUACUUGACUUAGUGUUGAACGAGUCGACCUCAAUUCGCGAGCUUGAAGUGGUGGUCGAUUCCUUCAUACAACACGCCAACGUCAACAACACAUCGACGAUGGCUGUGGUAACGGCACUCUUAACCAUUGGUCACUGUGUGUUUGCGUGUCACACAAAACAUCUACUCUUCACACAAGCAAAUUCGUCUCAACCAAUUAAUCCAGUGCUAAAGUUAUCUAUGGAUCAAUCAAAUAAGAAACACAAGAGAGCCGUCUCUCUUCAGAACCGAAAUCAAAUGCCGGGUCAUAUAGAGGCCGGCCAUCACUUUAAUCCGACGUACGAGUUCACGAAACCGAUUUUUUGUUACGGCUGCUACUCACCCGUUUGGGGCACAUAUGGUCUUAAUUGUGCACAUUGUCAGAUGUCUGUCCAUAACUGGUGCAUGAAGAGCACGUCAUCAACUAAUCCGUGUCCCGGACCUCAAUCAGACAAUCAGUCGAAUAGUGAGACCACGCCAUCCGUUAGGGUGCCCAAGAAGAACAGGCGCUGGAAUUCUGACAGAUAUACCUUUUUAGAUAUGAUUAAGAAGAUUGCGCCCAACAAUGCUUAUGACAUACAUGCGCCGCCACUCAUCUCCUCGUCCGACGAUUCAUCCGAUGACGAGGACGACGACAACACAUCUGGACUGACACCGCAGCCAUUGCCUUCAGCAACAAGUGAUACAUCAGCCUCCAAGUCGACGACACCGACGCCUCCCAGCACUAUAGGGCGAUCCGAAUCGUUUAAACAACGGCGAAAAACUGUUCCCUCGUAUCGUAAACGCAGUGAUCCGGCACUGCCUAUAAGUAACACAAAUCUGGCCAACAAUAGUGUAGCGCAAGACCCGAACAGCAGUUCUCCGGGUGUGACUGGUUCGCCAACAUCGACAUCGCCGGGCAAUUGGGAAGACUCGUCAACAGACGAUGACGACGAUCAGAGCCAUAGCGAUGUGCACAGCAUUCAGACCCCAACCACUGGAUCAGUGACACCGCAACAUACCAUUGAUGAUGAUUCGCAGCAACCGAUUCUCGAUGACGAUACACCACCACCAUUGCCACCCCGUCCGCCAUCGGAGAAGCGCAGACAGAUUCGCAACGAGAUUAUUGACUCUGAGGGCCGACACGUUAAAGCCUUAGACUUUAUUCAUCAACUAUACUAUAAACCAAUCAAAAGUCAAAAUCUUAUGACUAAAGAUCAAUUGUCGGCCGUCUUCUCCAAUACCAAAAAACUAUAUAAAAUACAUAAAAAUAUUUUGAAAGCGCUUAAAGCGCCGCAACAGUCAUUCGAGCAAUCAAUUUGUGAUGUAUUUUGUGGUCCAUUAGGACAGCAUUUAGAGGAAGAGGCCAGUGUUUUCUGUACCACACAGAAGUUGGUUGGUGUCGAUACCUGGAGGUCUCGUAAAAAGGAUUCAAAAAUGAAGACAAUUGUCGAUAACGAUCUACGAUCGAAAUUAUUAGCUGAAUCCGGUUCGGAAUUUGCAAGACUUACACUCGAAGAUCUUUUAGGAUCAGUUUUCCAGAGACCAUUGAGAUAUCAACUGCUACUCGAGCGCUUACUUCAGGCCACGCCAUCCGAUUCAAUUGAAUAUCAAUUGAUAGCCAGAGCUCUUACUCGAAGUCGUGAAAUCGGAGCCAAAGUCAAUGAAGAGACACGAAAGGCGGAAUCGAGACAACGACUCAUAGACAUCGAGAGAAAGACUGAAAGGGCGCCCGGAUUUAUACUUGACUUGGCUGACCAUAGUCUUGUACACGAAGGACCUCUUGCCUGGAGAAUCACCAAACAAAAGAGCGUCGAUAUACUGUUGGUCCUUACGAACAGAAUUCUAGUGAUAUUAACACAAAAAGAUAACUCAAAAGACAAAUUUGUCUUAAAAUCGCAUACAAAUCCGGCUAACAAUACAUUACAUUCACCCAUUGUCUUAUUGGACGACGUGAUUACACGGGAUGUGGCCACCGAUCAGACUGCCUUUUUCCUUAUUUCCACAGAUCAUCACGUGUUUUACGAAUUUUCUGCGGCCAACCCGAACGAGAAGAAACAGUGGAGAGACCUUAUAUUAAGUACUGCGUCGAUGUUUAACGCAAAUAAACCCAAAGUAAUGAAAAUGAAAGACUUGACGACACAGCAGAGCACUGAUGAAGAGUUCAAACAAAAUGAUGAGGAAGAGGAGGAACGGGAUGCUGAACAACAUGAGGAUAAUGUCGUCAAUGAUGACCAAAAUAAUAACAAUAAUAAUACCGAUAAUGAUAUUAGUGUUGAAACUGAAAGUCAAUCAAAAGAUCAAUUAGAUGAACAACAAAAGCAAUCGAAAAUUGAAGGAACCAUACGUUAUGUACGCGAAGAUGAGUGUCGACCACCGGAACUCAUAUCUCCGACUCAGGUUACGGUCUCCACUGAGCCCAACGUUGCCGAAGCACUGGUCAUUCAUUCACCUGAACACCGAAUUUGUGAAAUCGAUGAAUCAAUUAAACAAUUAUUGGAUGAAAAACGAAAUAUUUUAGCGAAUUUAAGAGGUAUUAAAGGUGAAUACGAGUGGACAGUGGUUAGCGAUAUGGGUGAACACGAUCACGUGUCCAGUAGUGCACGUGAGGUGACGUUUUUUGAUAGAGCGAUGUCUUUGGUGUCAUCACUGGGCACUAAUGGCUUAACUUCCGACUCAUACGCACCGUUAGUUAGUCUUCGCGAUCAAAUCGACGCACUAUUAGCCCGACUAACGCUCAGCCAAAUAGAAUCCGAUGUCCGUCUGACAGCUACCGACGGCGCCGCCAACUAUUUGGCGUCCAAUGAGAGCACUGAAGAUACGGCCGUUUACUUCUAAAAUAUACAAAUUAAAUGAAAGAAGUCCUAAAAAACUAUAUGACAUUAUUAUAAUUUAAAAAUUGUAUAUAUUUUUUA